AUGGAAUCUGGGGUGAGGCAGCUCUAUGCCAAGAUUCGGUUGAAGGAGCUUGCCUCGCGGGGCAGCCUGGUGCUGCCUCUGCUGCACCUGCGCCGUACCCGCGGCUCUGCGACCUUCCGCGCCGUGGGCCGGGCCCUCGGGUCGACCCUUCGUGCGCGCUUGGCGCGGCCAGGAGGCCACCACUUGGUCAUCUUUACCAUGGUUUACGGGAAACGCCUGGCACAGUAUUUGCCGGCCUGGCUGCAGCGCAUGCGGGCCUUUGGGCACGGAGGCCGCACGCUGGUAUUCUGCUUGGACGAGACCUCGGAGGAGGCGUGGGUCGAGGCUUGCCGCAGAUGUCACGAGCCACUUCUGUGUGUGCGCGGUCGAGAGCAGACUGCAGCCAACAAGUUCCACAUGAUGUCCGUCAUUGUGAACGACGGAUUUGAUGUGCUUUACUUGGACUUCGACGUUGUCCUGCUGCAAGAUCCAGUGCCGCCGGUGCUGAAAGCAGCAGAGCAGGCAGAGCUUCUGGUGUCCCGGGAUUUGGGUAGCGAGUGCCUCAACAUCGGCGUGUUGUACUUGAAGGCGCACCCAGAUGUCGCGGCAUUCCUCCAGGAGCUUAUCAUUUGGCUUUGGAACCAUCCUUAUGAGUUCUGCCAGAAGGCGUUUGCCGGCCUGCUCGGUGUUGAGGACCUGCAUUGGAACGAGAUGUUCGGAGACCUCGGCAAAGCCCCGCGCUGGGCUAUCCUCGACCCGGUGAAUGCCUUUGUGAGCAGCAUUGUUUACUCUGGCGACGUGCAAGGAUGGACAGGCGACCUGGAGAAUAUCAUCAUUUACCACUUUCUGGAUGCGUCGGGUGCGGUGGACACGAAGUUUGCGGUAGCUGGCCGAUAUGUUAACCUGUUCGACCUCUUCUAUGCCAAUCCAAAGCUCGAUUUGGCAGACGCUACUACACCCCUCUUCCAACAGGACCCGCAGGUUCAAGACGAACUGCUUGGCUCGCGGCUGCCUGCAGCGCCAAGUGUUUCGGCUUGCGGCAACCUGCCCAGCAGUGCCCAUCCCGCCUGGAAGCGCCGUCAGAGGGCACGGACCAAAACGCUGGCGCUGGUCGAUCGAUCCAACUCCCAGCUUUCCCGUGGAGCCCGGCUCAAGAGCAUUGGAUAG